AUGGUUUUCAAUAAAGUAGAGAAGGUUUGCUGCGUCGGAGCUGGAUAUGUUGGAGGACCAACAUGUGCCAUGAUCGCUCACAAAUGCCCAGAUAUUCAAGUCACCGUCGUUGACAUGAACAAGCCAAAGAUCGACGAGUGGAACUCUGACAAGCUUCCCAUUUAUGAGCCUGGUCUUGAUGAGAUUGUUUUCUCUGCUCGUGGACGCAAUCUAUUCUUUUCCACAGAUGUUGCUAAAGCUAUCCGGGAAGCCGAUCUUAUCUUCAUCUCUGUAAACACACCAACUAAGAUGUAUGGAAGAGGAAAGGGAAUGGCUCCUGAUUUGAAAUAUGUAGAGUCUGUCGCUAGAACUAUUGCUGAGCAUGCUGGAGGCCCAAAGAUUGUUGUUGAGAAAAGCACAGUUCCAGUCAAGGCUGCCGAAAGCAUCGGAUGUAUCCUCCGCGAAGCUCAAAAGAACAACAGCACCUUAGUCUUUGAAGUUUUGUCUAACCCUGAGUUCCUUGCCGAAGGAACAGCUAUUGCCGAUUUGUCUAACCCUGAUCGCGUUCUCAUUGGAGGUGAUCAAACUGAAGAAGGACUCGAAGCUGUUUCGCAACUUGUCCGUGUUUAUGAACGUUGGGUUCCCAGAGACAGAAUUAUCACUACAAAUACCUGGAGUUCUGAGUUGACUAAGCUUGUUGCAAAUGCAUUCCUUGCCCAACGUAUCUCUUCUAUCAAUGCUGUUUCCGCUAUCUGUGAAGCUACAGGUGCCGAUGUUAGCGAAGUAGCCCAUGCUGUCGGUCAUGAUUCUCGUAUCGGGCCAAAGUUCUUGAAGGCUAGUGUAGGUUUCGGAGGAAGUUGCUUCCAAAAGGAUGUUCUCUCUCUCGUUUACUUGUGCGAGUCAUUGAAUCUCAAGAAGGUUGCUGACUACUGGAUGGGAGUCAUCGAAAUCAACGACUGGCAACGUCGUCGUUUUGCCGACAAGAUCAUUGCCGAACUUUUCAACACCGUCACCGAUAAGAAGAUCUGUAUCUAUGGCUUCGCUUUCAAGAAGAACACUGGAGAUACCAGAGAAUCAUCCGCCAUCCAUGUUAUCAAACAUCUGAUGGAAGAGCAUGCUCGCGUUUCCAUUUACGAUCCUAAGGUCUCCAAAUCUCAAAUGCAUUGGGAACUCGAACAAGUUUCCGACUCAGCUUCAGUAGAGAAACUCAUUACCGUUCAUGAGGACCCUUAUGAGGCUGCUGCUGAUGCUCACGCUAUUGUUGUUUUAACUGAGUGGGAUGAGUUCAAGGAUUACGAUUACAAGAAGAUCCAUGCUACCAUGCACCGUCCUGCUGCCAUCUUCGAUGGUCGUCUUAUUCUUAACCAAAAGCAAUUGCGCGAAAUCGGAUUCCGUACUUUCGCCAUUGGAACUUCUCCAGACCAAGCUUACAACUUGUUCGGCCAGAGCGGUUACUAG